AUGAGCUGUGUCCCUGGGACACAGUGGAUCACCGAUCGCAACAUGUACACUGAUCAUCAGGGCACUGAUCAUCAGGGCACUGAUCAUCAGUGCCCUGUUUAUCAGUGUAGCCCCAUCAGUGCCACCUGUCAGUUCCCAUAAUUGCCACUUGUCAGUGCCCAUCAAUGCCACAUACCAGUUUCCAUUAGUGCACAUCAAUGCCACAUAUCAGUGCACAUCAAUGCCACAUAUCAGUGCCCAUCAGAGCUGCCUUUCAGUGCCAGUCAGUGCCCAUCAGUGCCACCAAUCAGUGCAGCCUAUCAGGGCCCAUCAGUGCCACCUACCAGUUCCAAUUAGUGCCACAUAUCAGUGCCAGUCAG